CCCUCUCCUGCCGGCGGCUCCGGCCCGCUCCUGCGGUGCCUGCCAGGAGUUUAUAACAUAUUUAAUCUCAUUCAUGAAUCGAACUUCCUUUUUAAGUCAUGGAUGACAAGGCUUCUGUUGGAAAAAUCAGUGUCUCUUCAGACUCGGUAUCCACUCUUAACAGUGAAGAUUUUGUCUUGGUUUCCAGGCAAGGGGAUGAAACACCAUCUACAAAUAAUGGUAGUGAUGAUGAAAAAACAGGACUGAAGAUUGUGGGGAAUGGAAGCGAACAGCAGCUGCAGAGGGAGCUUGAAGACGUGCUGAUGGACCCACCGAUGGAAGAUCAGUCAAGUGACCGGGACCAUGGAGAAGAAGUUAGAACUGAUGGAGAUGGGGAAGAACCUGUUGUCCUUGAAGCUUCAGCAUCCUCUACCAUUAACCCAGUGUCGGUGGCGGGACUCCAGAAACCAGAAAUGAGUUUGCCAGUGAAACCAUCCCAGGGAGACUGUGAGGAUUUGAGCCCUUUUACACCUAUGACAGAUGAGGACAGCGUGGUGUUUAGCAAGCUCACCUACUUAGGCUGUGCCUCUGUGAACGCUCCCCGCAGUGAAGUGGAAGCUCUCAGAAUGAUGUCCAUCUUACGAAGCCAGUGCCAGAUUUCUUUAGAUGUGACUCUGUCAGUGCCUAAUGUCUCUGAAGGAACAGUGAGACUUUUAGAUCCUCAGACAAACACAGAAAUAGCAAAUUAUCCAAUCUAUAAAAUCCUUUUCUGUGUACGGGGGCAUGAUGGAACCCCUGAAAGUGAUUGCUUUGCUUUCACUGAAAGCCACUACAACGCAGAACUCUUCAGGAUUCAUGUCUUCCGAUGUGAAAUCCAAGAGGCUGUGAGCCGAAUACUGUACAGCUUUGCCACUGCCUUCCGUCGUUCUGCCAAACAAACUCCGCUCUCAGCCAUUGCCACCCCACGGACUCCAGACAGUGAUAUUUUCACCUUCUCCGUGUCGCUGGAAAUCAAAGAAGAUGAUGGGAAAGGUUAUUUCAGUGCGGUUCCUAAAGACAAGGACAGGCAAUGCUUUAAACUCCGCCAAGGAAUUGAUAAGAAGAUAGUGAUUUACGUCCAACAGACAACUAAUAAAGAACUUGCUAUUGAGAGAUGUUUUGGCCUUCUCCUUAGCCGUGGGAAAGAUGUUCGGAGUGGUGACAUGCACCUUUUAGAUUUGGAGUCCAUGGGUAAAAGUUCUGAUGGGAAAUCAUACGUGAUCACUGGGAGCUGGAAUCAAAAAUCUCCACACUUCCAGUUUGUAAAUGAAGAAACACCAAAAGAUAAAGUAUUGUUCAUGACUACCGCUGUGGAUUUAGUGAUAACUGAAGUUCAGGAACCUGUUCGAUUCAUUCUGGAGACUAAAGUCAGAGUUUGUUCACCUAAUGAGAGAUUGUUCUGGCCCUUCAGCAAACGUAGCUCUACUGAAAUUUUUUUCCUAAAAUUGAAACAGAUAAAGCAAAAGGACAGAAAGAAUAACUCGGACACGUUAUAUGAAGUUGUGUGCCUAGAAAGUGAAUCAGAAAGGGAGAGAAGAAAAACUACAGCAAGCCCCUCUCUUCGUCUGCCCCAGUCUGGGUCACAGGGCUCGAUGAUUCCUUCUCCUCCAGAGGAUGAUGAAGAGGAAGACAACGAUGAACCACUCUUAAGUGGUUCUGGAGAUGUUUCCAAAGAGUGUGCAGAAAAAAUUCUUGAGACGUGGGGAGAGCUGCUGUCCAAAUGGCACCUCAAUUUGAGCGUGAGGCCAAAGACGUUGUCAGCGUUGGUGAGAAGUGGUGUCCCUGAGGCCCUAAGAGGAGAAGUGUGGCAGUUGCUGGCAGGGUGUCAUAAUAACGAUCACCUGGUGGAGAAGUACCGAAUUCUCAUCACAAAGGAGUCUCCACAAGACAGUGCUAUCACCCGAGACAUCAAUCGAACGUUCCCUGCUCAUGAUUAUUUUAAAGAUACUGGGGGAGAUGGCCAGGACUCCCUCUACAAAAUAUGCAAGGCCUACUCUGUCUAUGAUGAAGAGAUUGGCUACUGUCAAGGCCAAUCGUUUCUUGCUGCUGUGCUGCUUCUACAUAUGCCUGAGGAGCAAGCUUUCAGUGUUCUGGUCAAAAUCAUGUUUGAUUAUGGACUCAGGGAACUUUUCAAACAAAACUUUGAAGAUUUGCACUGCAAGUUCUAUCAGCUGGAGCGCCUCAUGCAGGAAUACAUUCCUGAUCUGUAUAACCACUUUCUGGACAUUAGCCUUGAAGCGCACAUGUAUGCUUCCCAGUGGUUCCUUACCCUGUUCACUGCAAAAUUCCCUCUCUACAUGGUCUUCCAUAUUAUUGACUUACUCUUAUGUGAGGGAAUAAGUGUUAUCUUUAAUGUUGCACUGGGGUUAUUGAAAACUACCAAGGAUGAUUUGUUACUGACUGACUUUGAAGGGGCUUUAAAAUUCUUCCGUGUACAGCUGCCCAAGCGAUAUCGUUCAGAAGAAAAUGCAAAAAAGCUGAUGGAAUUAGCGUGUAAUAUGAAGAUUAGCCAGAAGAAGCUGAAGAAAUAUGAAAAGGAAUAUCAUACCAUGAGAGAGCAGCAAGCUCAACAGGAGGAUCCUAUAGAAAGAUAUGAGCGUGAGAACCGGCGCCUACAAGAAGCAAAUAUGAGGCUUGAGCAAGAAAAUGAUGAUCUUGCACACGAACUGGUGACCAGCAAGAUUGCUCUGCGAAAAGAUUUAGACAAUGUAAGACAUGUCUUUACACUGUCUACUGGAGACAAGGCGGAGGAAAAGGCAGAUGCUCUGAAUAAGGAACUGCUAAUGACCAAACAGAAGUUGAUUGAUGCAGAAGAAGAAAAGAGGCGCCUAGAAGAAGAAUCAGCUCAGCUAAAGGAAAUGUGUCGUAGGGAACUAGAUAAAGCAGAGUCAGAGAUCAAAAAGAACAGCUCUAUUAUUGGUGACUACAAACAGAUUUGUUCCCAGCUGAGUGAGCGACUGGAAAAGCAACAAACAGCAAAUAAAGCUGAAAUUGAGAAAAUACGGCAAAAAGUAGAUGACUGUGAGCAUUGCCGGGAGUUCUUCAAUAAAGAAGGCCGUGUGAAGGUUGCUAGUUCUGCCAAGGACGGUUCAGAUGAGGACACAGAUGAGGAGAAGGAAACGCUGAAAAACCAGCUGAGGGAAAUGGAGCUUGAGCUGGCCCAGACCAAGUUGCAGCUUGUGGAGGCGGAAUGUAAAAUACAGGAUUUGGAGCACCAUUUGGGUCUGGCAUUGAAUGAAGUACAAGCUGCAAAGAAAACAUGGUUCAACAGAACAAUAAGCUCUAUAAAAACAGUGACUGGAGUCCAAGGAAAAGAGACUUGUUGAAAAGCAGUUCUGUCAAACACACCUUCUUAACACAACACCUUUUGUUGCCUUCCUUGGCCAGAUGUUUAAUUCUGUGACAUGAGAGGACCAGAAUGUAAAUAAAAUAGAAACACAGCAUGUCAGGAUUUCAAUAGGUCAGUGAUAAAGAGGAUGGAAACACAAGAAAGGUUUUAUUGCUAGACAUGAGAUCUUCAUACUACUGAUAUUUAACAGGUGAUGUAGCUAGAUUGAAGCUCUUCAGAGAAACACUCCAUUCUGCAGUCUGGCUGGAGGCUUUUCACAGACUAGGUACGAGAACUUACCAAACCCUAAUUGUUAAGUUUACAUAUGAUAGGUUUUUUUACAGUUAUAACCUUUUUUAAUAUUUUAUUUGAAAGGAAAAGUGUCACUAACAA